GCGGCGAGCGGGAGUAGAUAUUUUCCACUGUCGGUUUAGUUCGUGCCAACGCUCGGUAACUGCGCAGCGCUGCCGGGCCGGCUCGGCACGGCCGGCUAGCCGGAGGCGGUGCCGCCGAUCGAGCGAGCGGGCGAGCGCCGGGCAGCAACCGGCCGCGGCGCCGCGGCGCUCCCAGUCGGGAUUACAUCGUUGGCGGAGGGGGUGCGUAGCGCGGAGACCUGGGGUCUCACUGUCCACCAGCCGACAGCGCGCGCGCCUUCUCCGGGACUGGGCACUGACACCUGCCGCUGCUAGAGACACCGGCGUCCCACUCAGGCUGUGAUACCACCAGACGCGUGUCCAACGUCUCCGUGGGCUGCCCAACAGCAAACAAUGGCUUCGGACGACAGCGACAGCAUGUGCAAGGGGGAUCUCAGCUUCGACGAGGCGCGGCGCCAGGCGCAGAUGAAGCGCAAGCGCCACCGCAAGAAGCUGACCGAGUCGACGCCGGCCAGUCGCUUCGCGGACAUGUACCGGCUGACGGGAGAGAUCCUGGGCGAGGGCGCGUGCGCCUCCGUCCAGACGGCGCGCAACAUCAACACCGACGUCGAGGUAGCCGUCAAGAUCAUCGACAAGUACCCGGGCUACCCGCGCAGCCGCGUCUUCAAGGAGAUCGACACGUUCCACCAUUGCAAAAACCACCCCAACAUCAUCCAGCUCAUCGAAUACGUGGAGGAGGAGGAGAGAUUCUACCUCGUUUUUGAAAAAGUACAAGGCGGUCAGCUUCUGGAUCGUAUCCGGGACCGCAAACACUUCUCAGAGAAGGAGGCGAGUGAAAUAAUCCGUGAUCUCGCUUCUGGCCUGCAGUUUCUGCAUGGAAAAGGCAUUGCGCAUCGUGACCUGAAGCCGGAGAACAUUCUCUGCGUCAACAAGGACACGAUCACGCCGGUGAAGAUAUGUGAUUUUGACCUCGGGUCGGGCAUCCAGUUCAUUCCGAACCAGCCCACGCCAAUCACGACUCCGCAGCUGCACACACCGGUCGGCAGCGCCGAGUUCAUGGCGCCCGAGGUGGUGGAGGCGUUCUUCAGUGACGACGACGACUGCUCCGUGUACGACAAGCGGUGCGACCUGUGGUCGCUGGGCGUCAUCAUGUACAUCCUGCUGUCGGGCUACCCGCCCUUCUACGGCAACUGCGGCAUGAACUGCGGCUGGGAGCGCGGCGAGGCGUGCGUCCGCUGUCGCGACCUGCUCUUCUUCAGCAUCCACGAGGGCGUGUUCGAGUUCCCCGAGCGCGAGUGGGGCCACAUCUCGGAGGGCGCCAAGUACCUGAUCCGCAGUCUGCUGGUGAAGGAGCCCCUGAAGCGGCUCUCUGCCGACGCCGUGCUGAACCACCCGUGGGUGCGGCACGGCGGCGACGGCGCCAGCCUGCUCACCACGCCGCACGUGAUCCGCAGCAACCGCAGCGUCAAGGACCUGUCGCUGUACGCCCAGUCGGCGAUGGCGCUGAACCGCGCGAUGCUCCACCACCUGUCCAUGGACGUGGGUCGGAUGCACGACGAGACGAGCAGCAGCGAAACCGAGUCGGACACCGAGGGGCCCGUGCUCUUCGGCCUGUCGCCGCCGCUCGAGUCGAGCAUGAUGCAGCGCCGGCUGCACCACACGCAGAGCAUGCGGCUCACGGCGAUCGCCUCACCCAGCGGCUGAGGCGGCGGCGGCGGCGACGGGCCGGCGCGAGGGGCGCCGCCCAGUUUUACCUGGAGCCGCGGCCGGCGCCGGCCGACCGGCCCCGGCCGCGGCCGAGUGAUGUCACCUGCAGGACUUUGGUUACGGUGGAGAUAUAUCUAUGUAUGUGUACGUGUGUGUACAUAGGGUGUGCGAGCGCGCCCGGCGGAGUCCGCCGCGGUGCGACCGUUCGCCCGUUGUCUCCAGCCACUUUGAACUGUACAAACGUGCCUUGUUGGUGGGUCCCUGUAGACGCGUCUCCAAGGUGUUCGGAAGCUCCUCUUGGGUAUACUCUAAUGCUACAGCACCCUGGGCGCGCGCCCGCGUCCACCGCCGGUCCGCGGCGGAGGCGGGCGCGCGCCGUUAUUGUAUAGCCCCGGUGUGAGGUCCGGACGCCGUCCAAGGACCGCGCCGUGUACAGACCACUGGCGAGCGGCGCGCUGCGGCCGUCCGCUCCGCUGUCCAUCUGUCCGUCUGUAUGUGUGAGUGUGUGUGGUGUCGGCACCAUGCGCGCCGUCACCUCUUCCAUAGGGGCGGCGGCGGCGGGCCGGCCGCGCCGCCGACCACCGGCGCCGCGCCGGGACGCCCACGGCUGUGAUCCUGUGAGAAGGGCGUCCCACCGCCGCCGCCCCCGCCGCCGCCCGACACGCCCGCGCCGCGGCCAUGUCACCGCCGCCAGCGCGCGUGCUCGAGCGAGCGAAUCGGUAACGACUGCAUGCUCUCCCAGCGCCGGCCGCCGACGGCCGGCGGAAAAAAUACAAAAAGAUUUAUUUUGCUCAAUGGGAGACGAACUAACUGUUGGUGGUAACGGUAUGUAUACGGUGUGCGUGUGUCUGCUGUUGUUUGGGGCCGGCCUGCGCGCGGCGGCGGACACUGCGUGGACGCUGCCGGCGCGGCCGGCCAGCCGUCAGCGCUAUCGGCAUGGCGCCGACCAUCCGCGCGCCCCCGGCGACCUCCUCCGCCGCCGGACUUUCGUUGGUAAAUUAAUUUUGUAUUUGUUUUUUGAAAUCAGCGUCGGUGUUGGGCAGGCCCGCGACUCGCCGGAGUCUGCGCGGCCCGCCCCAACCAGGAGCACUAGUCACUCGUUUGUGUUGCCAUCGGUCAAGAAGAAAUUCUUCUGUGUCAGGGUUCAUACUGAACUUUUUUUUGGUAAUAAAUAAAUAAAAACGCAA